CCACGCUCAAAGAAUCGCACUACGACUUUGCAGGAAGAUCAUCCCUCCAAUCGCCCCCAAUCUCACUUGAGAACACGAAAGGUACGAAAGGUUCCCGUCGGUUAGGCUUGGGUCGACUCCGCCCCUUUGAAGGAUGCAACCUCAGGAGCUACUCCAGGAACCUCACCACGGAUGGCUCAUCAUGUCCUGAAUGGGUUGUGUCAGAAUCUUGACGGGGUCUCCGACCUGGUGUUUUGAAGCCACGCGGAAAUUGUUGGUUGGGGGCCAACGAUUCAUCUGACUUAAAUAGACUGGAUGGCAUCGACGAAUCUCGGACAAAUCAUACCAAUCUACCCUCUGAUUUUGUCACUCUUUCCGUCCCUAGGGACAGUCGCUCUUUUUUGUCCAAUUGCAAGGACAGUCGCUCUUUACUUCACUCCAACCCAAUUCCUUCUUUAUCUCAAACGUCCGAAAACCUGGUUGUUUCCGACUCAAGAUGAUCAAUCCUCUCCAGUAUGAAGUGGCCACCGGCCUUUUGGCUUCCCUUCUCGUUCAACAGGGUUUGUCGCUGGAGUUGGCGGCCUUUAACCCCUCUACAUCAAGUGCAACACAGGCCAAGGUGGCAGUGGCCGGAAGUGCAGCCGAGUCCAUGGACUAUUCUAGCAUCGACCUGCGGACCAGUCACUCCUUCUACUGGGGCGCCUCUAGUGGUUCCGGAUAUACCUUGGGGAAUCUGACGCUCACGGACGAGAGUGUCCUUCCUAUGGAGACUUUCAGUGACCUGCUGCACACCAUUCAAUGUACCAACUCGAGCAUGCACUUGGUAUUUGCCGACUCUGACGCAUACUCCUAUGCGAAGAAUUCGUGGAGCUGGGUGAAUGAUGCCAGCAACCGCACGUUUCUCAUGGUUGCCGGUGUCAAUCAGUGUAGCUGGAAUACCCAGCGUGUUCCUUUCGUUAUUACAUCCGCCAGUUUCCACGAUAACUCCACCGCAGCAAUGCUGACCGGCAACUCAGCGACAUGGGAUGAUGUUCUCAACAAUCAUGAGCUUACAAUCGGCAAGGCCCCGAGCGACAUGGAGGUUGCUCUCUCUAAGAGAAUUAGUGGGACCAAGACGGGUUCGAUCAGCGUUGAAAAAACCAUGUCCGACAAAUCCGUGAAAUUGCUCUCAAAUGAUGACCUCACUCUCAGCGCUGAAUGCAAAUCAUGCGGUACCAGUGGAUCACUCGAUCUUUCCUUUAAGUACAAAGUGACAACGGCAAAAAGCGGCAUCUUUGGUUCGAUUGGGAGUGUUCUCGAGGAUAAAUGGAAGGUUGACACCGCAGAGCUCACCGUUACGCCCAGUGACCUUGCUGUGGACAUUACCCCAGCGCUGGAGCUGAGUGGAAACUUGACGAAAUCGUAUACUAAAGAGUACGACUUUGAUGCCCUCACGCUUGAAGGAAUCCACAUUCCAGAUGUCUUCACCUUGGACGUGAAUCUUGAGUUCGGAAUCGGAGCAACUGCUGGCCCUGUUAAUGGCGACGCGUCCAUUUCCUACCCAAUGAAGGUCUCGAUUUCCGACGAUGCAGAGGCCGUGUUCCAGAUCGUCGACGAGAAGAUUACCAAGAAGGACUGGACCCCGACCAUUACAACCUCGGGUGUUCAGCUGAGUGCCGAGAUUGAUGCUACUCUCGAGGCUUAUAUCAAAGCGUCCCUCGAGUUGACUUUGUCGGUCGGCAAAUCUUGGGGAUACGAAGCCGGAAUUUACCUCAAGCCUUUCCUGAGUGCUGACUUCACUGCCGAAGCCUCCACGACCGGUACUUGCUCGGACACGUCCAAGAACUACCACUACGCCAUCGAAGUGGCACCGUCCGCUGGAAUCGAGCUCGGUGCGGAUGUGGCGAAAGUAAGCGACCAAGGGAACCCGCUUGCGGAUGUGACCCUCGCGUCCUACACCAAGGCGAUGUCGACAACCUGUAUCGGGUUCGAUAGUAUCACGUCGACCAAGACUACCACGUCUGAGAAGACCACCUCCACCAGUGAAAGCAAGUCUACGGAGUCAGACAAUACGACCGAGUCCAAGAAGACGUCCACUGAAACCAAGUCCACGACCAAGACCAAGUCUACUUCGACCAAGUCUUCCCCUAGCAGUGCCUCUGCAUCUGCGACUGCGCACUUCUCCACUCACGCAAGUUCCACCCACGCGAGCACCACGCCUAACUCAUGUGGUACGACCAAGGCGUCGAGUUCCUACGUGGCUGCCAGCUCGUCUGCUCACUACAGUGCGCACAACCAUGCCCGAGGCUUCAGACACCAUGGUGGAUUCUAAGCCACUGCUUGGUGAAGGCCCCUAAUAAUAGCUACAUAUGUUAUGAUGUUCACUUCUCUUCUUCGGUAUAUGUACGGAAAACUGUACUAUUUAAAAUAAAUUAGUUAGUUGCAUGUAACGUUGAAGCAUGCCACCGUUAUGAU